UAUGGCAAGGCUGCUUCCGAUGGUUUCCUGGAUACGCAAACGGGAUUUACACAUCCUUACAGUAGGAAUCCUGACCUAUACUUCGGAUCAACGAUUUCAGGUGAUAAGGCCGGAAAAGUCGUCCAACUGGACCCUCCAAAUCAAAUUUCCGCAAAUAAGGGAUUCCGGCAUCUACGAAUGUCAGGUGAACACGGAGCCGAAAAUAUCUCUACCCUUCAGACUGAACGUAAUUGGUGAAGGCGCUAGUACACUUAUUGAAAAAGAUAUUGGAAAGAGCCUACCUAAACCUUUGUAG